CUCGUGAGAUGCGGUUCUACGUGCGCUUCAUCGUGGUGUGUCUGUUCCUGAACCGCAAGGAGGAGGCCAUGCAGCUGCUGCAGGAGUUGCAGGCCUCCGUGAGUGCCUACCAGCUGCAGUUCGGGGCUCCGGAUGCGCGGGACUGGCAGGCUGUUGUGAACGAGGUGACGGGGCUGAUGGCGGCGGAGGUGGCGGCCCCGCUGCCCCGCCGCCCCGGCAGCACGGAGGCGCUGUUCAGGCCGCAGCUGAGGUGCAGACCCACGGGUCCAGCUGCCGCCUGCGCGCCGCACCGCCCCCGGCUGCGGGAAGCCCUGCUUGUGUCGUACCGCCCGCGCCAGAUCCGGGUCGCGGAGCUGCCCCUGGAGCUCUACCGCAUGACUCAGGCGCUGGAGUGGCAGGACGUACGGAUCGGGGGAGCAGGAGCGGGAGCAGGAGGGGGACUGACCCAUGGGUCAGGGCAGCAACAAACAACCACGCCACCACAGCAGCGGCAACAACAGCAGCAACAACAGCAACAGCAAGGCGCAGCCGGGCAAGGGUCAGCGCAUGAUACCCCUUCCCAACAACAACCCACCAGCAGCACCGUAGCGCCCACGUCCUCCACCUCAUCCGCCGCAGCACCCGCACCCGCUCCCCAACGCAGCCCGCCAAGCUACCAAGCCCCGCCUUCUCCCUCCUCCGCCUCCUGCGCCCCUCCUCCUCCUCCUCCUCGCAACCCUCCACGGCAGCUCCUGCACAAGCCCACCGCACAGCAGCUGCUCUCCGCACUGCUGGCAAUCACAGGCGCCUGCGCGCCCCCCCAAUCCCAGCAGCAGCAGCCCUCCUCCCUUACGGUAGGACCUCCUCCUCACCACGGCGGUGGUGCUGCCGCCGACUCGGCCGAGGACUUUGUGCUGCUAUACCUGGCGGCGGAUGCAGCCCCUGCUCCUGCACCUGCACCUGCAACCGCACCUGCAACCGCGGCCCAGCAGCAGCGGCAGCAGUUGGUCCCGAGUGAACCCACGGAAAGCAGCAGCAGCCGAGGGGGCGGCAGCGUCGCGCCAACCACCGCAACCACCACAACCACCGCAACCACCGAGGAGGCAGCCGCCGUUGCCGCCGUCGCUCAGGGUGCAGUGUUCGUGCCCGCCGGCAGCCAGGCGGCACCGGACCGUCACCUGCCCGCCCUGGCAGCACCCCCCGCGUCCCGACAGCAGCGGCAGCUGCUGCUGUGCCCUCCUCCGCCGGGCCCCCAUGCCAUAACCUCGCAAAGCAGCCACAACAACAACCACCACCACCACCAAACCCAUGCGCCCUCGCCGCUUGGUCCUCCGGGCUCCUCGCUAGGGAGUGCCACUGCUACUGCCACUGCUACUGCUACUGCUACUGCCACUGCCACUGCUACUGCUACUGCUAC